GGAGGGGGAACGAUUCCACACGGAGGGGAGAGAAACGUCAGAAAUGGUCGCGAGGUUCGAUAACGCAGGCUUCAGACAGGGACCACACUCACAGUAAAUCACUGACUCGGUCAACCGCGACGCAUUGGUCCGGACCAAUGCAUUUUUGGUUUAUCAAAGUUUCUGUUUAAAAAGUUUCAAUUGAGAGACAAAUAGAUCAUUGAGAGAACAUUCGAAGUGAAAUUUAUUAUCAUCGACAUCGGCAUUGGACGACACCGGUAGAGGAAACUCGGAGAUACGAAAGACUCAAACAGGAGGAAAGAAGGAAGGAAAACAUCUGGAAAACAUCUUCCGCAAUUUCAAGGAGCCCUUCACGGUGGAGGGUAAAACUACAUCGACAACAGAACACCAUGCACGACAAGAAAGCGACCCAUACACCACAACCCUAAGAAUAAGGAAACGCUCAGUAUCCCUCAACGACUUCGGAAUUACCAUUAUAGCAAAGCCAAAGAUAGAAAACAAUACGGAAGGAGAAGAGGACAGGCGCGGAAUAGCGUAGAAGACGUAGAGUACGGUGUAGUACACACGAGGAAGGUCGUCUGUGAGAAACGAACAAAGGAUGGCCUGCCCGGAAACGCCGGUCACGGUGCUCACCGUCUCUCUCGUCUACCUUCUGGCGCUCUUCGGUUCCUACUGUCAAAUGGCACCAGCCGUGGCCGGGGUUACCAGAGGCUGGGAAGUGGGAAGCGGGCUGAAAUAUAAACUGACUACGACCUUAUUGUUCAGCGAGACUGCCCCAUCGAAAUUCAGCGGGGACGUUGGUUUCCGUUUGACCGGCGAGCUGGACGUAACCGCUGUUUGGCAGAAUCCAGACGAUUUGAAUACCUUCUUGCUGAAAAUUGAGCUGUUACAACCACAAUUAUGGAUCAAAUCUCGAAGAGCUCCAGAACCAGAAGGGUUCGUCGAGCAUUCCUCCAAGAUGAACGAGCUUGCCGAGCAUCACAUGCUGCUGGUUUGGAGAGAAGGCGAAGUACGUUCCAUAUUUAUGGACGUCAGGGAGAGCUUCUCCUCGGCAAAUCUGAAACGUGGCCUGGCCAGCCUGUUGCAAUACCGAGUGCUCGACGGCGACGUUCAAGAACAAGACGCUUCCGGUCUCUGCAACGUGACUUAUCACUCGCUCGGACCGAAGACGGUGGAAAAGCGGAAAACAUUCUGCAAAGAGGAUGGUCUGCCGUUAACGAAACGACAUCCUAAUCCACUGUUUUGCAUGAAGCUCACCAGUACUCGGAAUUCUACUUACGAGCUCACGGAACACCUUCUGCCCAGCCUGGUUCGCGACGACGAGGUGCACAGGAUGAUGUUAACCGCCAGACCGGAAAUAGGCACUAUGGUCACGUCGAAGAGGAUACUCGAGCUGGUGUCUGACACGCUCAGCGCGACAACCGUGCAAGCUAACACCUUGUCGCAGACUGUUACUGAUUUGCUACCUCAAACGAUGGAAAUGAGUAUGAGGCUACAAUGGGAGCCUUCCGCUUGUCCUGAUACCGGAUGUCCGAUGUUGGAGCAAACUGUCGACGAAUAUCGCAGCGCCUUAGAAAGCAACGCUCUGGGCACAGGAAAAUCUGCUUCAGCAUUGUUGAAGCUCCUCUCUCUAGUCAAAUCGUCUUCCCAAGAAGAGUUGCUGAAACUCCUGAAGAGACCGCGAAAUCGCCAAAUAAAGCCACAACUGCUGGACGUUUUUGGUGCAGCUUCAACUGUAGCAAGUUAUCAGGCGGCAAUGAAGAUGUUGCGACAGGACGAAACAGGCGAUGAAACUGAAAGGUACCUUUGGGCCCUAUCCUUAUCUCCAACUCCAGACGUGGAUAUCGCUAUGGAUCUAUUGAAACGAUCAGAAGAGACACACCCUAACGACAAAGUUUCGGAAACGAUAGCCUUAACUGCAGCAGCUAUGUCUCGUCACUUCCCUCAUGCUGUUGAGAAGGCUAGAAUCAGCUUAGAAAUCGGCCUGGACAGUUGCACGGGAGAAGAGUGCAAGCUGAAGUUCCUCAGAGCUCUAAGAAACUUGAGAAGCAAGGCUGCGAUUCCAACAUUGUUGAAAUUUGCAACAAGCGAGAAUAGAGCUCUGAGCGUGGUAGCUUGGAAAGCGUUAUUAGCUCUUCCCAGGGAUUCGAUAACUUCGGAAGUGAAAACGACAGCGAAACGGGUCUUCUAUCAAUUAGGCGGGCCUAAGAGGGACAGCAGUGUCAGAACUCUGGCGUUGGACGUGAUUCUGGAGACGAAGCCGUUGAAGGAAGACAUAAGAUACCUGGUGGAAUACCUGGCAGGCACAGAUUCUGCCUACGAGGUACGAAAGUAUCUUAGCCAGCGUUUAGAACAGUUAUCCGAAAAAGAUCGUGAAUUAGCUGAAAAGUUAGACGAAGUUCUGAGCGAAGCUGGAAGGAAUGUAGUGAACUAUAACGUGCUCGCGCAGAAAGGUCUGAGCACAGCCUUCACUAGGAGUUUCUUAAGAUCAGCAGACAGCAAUGGAUCGCUGGUAACUGUUCAAGAGAUAAACUCAGGAUUGAUGAAACGCGGAACAGUCGACGUAGUUCUGCAAAUCGAGGACCACGAAGAGGCAUUGUUCUCACUUGGUCUGUUCGCUGGUGGCCUAGGAAGCUUCGUUUCAACCUCGAGCCAAGAAGAAGAGAUGCAGGAUGAUGAACUAGCCACAGCUGGAAUGGAACUGGACUUUCUAGGCGUCGGUAUCAGACCGUUCGUCUUCUUCUCUGGCCAAGGGGAACUCAUGGGUCACGUUUGGUCUGGCACAGCUUUAGAACGUGUUCCAGCCUUCCAGGUUCUAACUGCAACCCACAACCAUAACGAGUACAUUCCACUGGCUUCUGGAUUCGUUGCGGAGAUUGACUUGCAGGGUGCGGUAAGCUUCGAACUUGCCGGACAGAUCCAACUGAGCCUUUGGUCCAGAAAUGCGCAAUCUCUGGUGGAUUUGAAGGCUGGAGUUGUGGUUCAAGGUGGGACAAAGGUGCGGUCCGACUUUGUGCAAAGCAUGGCGGAAUUCUCGAUGACGAUGGAGCCAAAGUUAGAGCUGGCCACUGACGUGGACUUCUCUGGGCCGGUUUCGUUGUGCAUGCGACUGAACCAGCUGGAAAAUCUGGUGAAAUAUCAGGUGUACAAAGUGGAACGAGUGGCAGGAAGCAGGCAUAAGCUGAGGAAGACGAGAAGAAUGAGGCUGUACAGUCCUGCAAGGUGUUAUCUGUUGAAUAGGAAGAACAACGAGAUGUGCUCGAAAGUGUUUAGUUAACUUUUGUAGACUGUUGUUGAUGUUACCGUGGGGGGUUUUGUUAGAUUUUAUUCGAAGACAGUUAUCGAUGGCGUUGUCGAUCUUCUUCUUCCGUGGGGAGUUUUAGUGUGUUGAGGAGGGAAUAUCGUUCACGUGUUACACAAGAUACUACGGGUGUCCUAGGUAUUUUUCUACCUUGUACAUGGUGCAUUUACAAUUCAUGAAUGAGCGAGGUUUUAUCCCAAUGAAUAUCAUUCUCAAGUCAUUCCAGUUCUUUUUUAUCGUAGGUUUGUCUGUUUUAUAUUCCGAUUUCGAAUCAAUUUUUAAUGGUUAUGCAGUUUAAGAGAGAGACCUUGUGUG